AGUCCCGCCACAGAUUCAUCUGGGAUCUUCAAACAGACGAGCCCUUAGAGACGAGGGAUCAAGGCAGCCGAUUAGAACCAAUUGCUUGCCUUGGGGACGGCCAGUCCUUCCAGGCCUGGCGACAGUGGAGGGAGGGGAAAGACAACCGAGUGCCGCUGCGGGAAGACACUGAAGCAAGAGCGACACCCCUUUCCGCCCCCCACCUUGCAGCGCAGGCUUUGAAAGCUGCUCCCCCACCUGAAUGGAAACUCGGAACCGCCGGGCGGCGCGUUCCUUCUCGCCCAGCCUUGCAAUCCAUGCCGAGAGGAAGGCAGUGCGAGCCCGCGCCAGCGCCCAGCUCCCGGGACAGGGUCGGCAAUGCUGCUGAGCAGAACUUGAUCGCGCCCCUUCCUCGCUGCUAGUGGAAGCGAUGCUGCACGGCACAGCCAGCGCUUCCUCGGCUCUCCUUCAAGCUGAAGGUUACCGACCCGUGCAGCCAGCCCCAGCCCUGUGAGCUGCGCGCCUCAGGUUCAGGCUCCGGCUGCUUGGCUGCUGCGCCCAGGGCAACAACCCGGCCGCCCGCGCCGGGGCGCACUGCACCAGCGGCUUCGGCUUGGUGGAUGUGUAUGCAUGAGUUCUGCACCGAAUGGGCGCAAAAAGCGCCCCAGCCGGUCCACCCGCUCCUCGAUCUUCCAGAUCAGCAAGCCCCCGCUGCAGAGCGGAGAUUGGGAGCGCAGGGGCAGCGGCUCCGAGAGCGCCCACAAAACCCAACGAGCCCUGGACGACUGCAAGAUGCUUGUCCAAGAGUUCAACACACAAGUGGCCCUGUACCGAGAGCUGGUCAUUUCUAUUGGGGAUGUCUCGGUCAGCUGCCCCUCACUCCGGGCGGAAAUGCACAAGACAAGAACCAAAGGCUGUGAAAUGGCCCGUCAGGCACACCAAAAAUUGGCUGCCAUCUCAGGCCCGGAAGAUGGUGAGAUCCAUCCAGAAAUCUGUCGGCUUUACAUCCAGCUGCAGUGCUGCUUAGAAAUGUAUACCACAGAGAUGCUAAAAUCCAUAUGUCUGCUGGGGUCUCUUCAGUUUCAUCGAAAAGGAAAGGAACCUGGUGGGGGAACCAAGAGUUUGGAUUGCAAAAUUGAGGAGAGUGCUGAAACACCUGCCCUAGAAGACUCCUCAUCAUCCCCCAUAGAUAGUCAGCAACAUUCCUGGCAGGUUUCCACAGACAUUGAGAACACUGAAAGAGACAUGCGAGAAAUGAAAAACCUUUUAAGCAAACUCAGGGAAACUAUGCCUUUACCACUGAAAAAUCAAGAUGACAGCAGCCUUCUGAAUCUAACUCCCUACCCCCUGGUGAGAAGACGGAAGAGAAGGUUCUUUGGGCUGUGUUGUCUCGUCUCAAGCUAGGUGGCUCCUCCUGGAAACCCACUGAGAACAUCUGAAAAAAAAAAUCACAAAACCUGAGGACCUCCAGACAGUGGAACCACACAGUUACUGGUUUUUGACUAUGUUUUCUAUGCUUCCUUAUUACUUUUAUCUGCCUCCCCUUGCCCUUUUAAAUGAUUUUACACUUGAAAGCAGCUGCCGUCGAGAAAAAAAAGAACAGAUUCAAAAAGCAAGCUGUUUUUAAAAGGAAAUUUUAAAGCUGACAUUGUGCAUGUCUGCUCCAAACCAUGCCAUGACAGAUGCAAGAAUUAUGAUUUUUAAAUUAUUUAAAGAUUUUUUUAAAUGUAUUCUACAGAGGAAAAAUAUUUCACAUAUAAUAGUAUAUCUAUAGCUCUUGCUGAUCUCAUGUUAAAAUGUAUCAUAUAUGAAAGAAGUCUUUAAACAUAGAAAUCUAUUUAAAACUGAAAAACUGUGUUCAAAAAUCCAAGCUAUCAAUAUCAUUAGAAAUAAUAUUAUAAGCAAACAUAUACCACCUCACCUAUUGCUUUCUCAGCACUCAUUUACAUUUAGUCUUCCAUUCUGUCGGCAUUUAAGAGCUUCAACAUGAAAGUAUCUUAAUUUAUAAUGCAAGAAAAACCACAUACGAAAAGUACUAAAAUUUUGUAAAUACACAAUAAUCCUAAUACCUUCGUACAAAUGCAUAUGGGCAACUAAUUUCCUUUUGAUCCAAUGAUUUUUUUUUUUUUAGCUUCUUGGAGAAUGAAGUAAUCCAGUUCGGAAAUGGCGUAGUAACAUAUACAAUUACCCUCAAAUGUAAAAUCAAAUAUUAUUACAUUUUGUUCUAAUUGAAAUCUGAAGCAUGGUGUCUGCACAUCAGCAUAGUGUUAAAUCUUAUAGGGCAUGCUGGAAUUAGCUCAGAUCAUAAAAAUAUUUAACAUUUUACAUUGUUAAUAAAGUUUUUUAGUUAAGCUAAGCUUGUCUCAUUUUAGAUGACUAUGCAGAUAAGACUUUUCCAAUGUGUAGUUGGUGUCUUGUCUUAUGCUUAGACUCUUGAAAGCAGGACACAUUAAGCAAUACUAUAUUUUAGAAAGGAGGAAGCCACAUGCUUUGUUUUUCUGCUCACAGCUUUGUUGUGAUCUUCCUUCACUAAACUUGUAACAUGGUACAAAUUUUGUUAUACCGUCCCCUGUUCUUCCUUUGGCCCAUUUCCCAGACAGAAUUUCCCAUGGGCUGAGAGAUCAAGUCUUUGCAUUUCUUUUCUUGUUUUCCAUAGUCUGAAAAACCUUCAAGUCAGACAGGAGGCACCAGUGUCUAGUACAAUAGGAGGAUGAGCUAGAUGUCGAUAAGUGGUUUAUUAAAGACACAACUUUAAUCCCAACCCUGUUCUUUCCCAAUACUUAUGUGCACAGGCGUUUAUAUGUAUACCAAUAUUUUUACCUAAAAACUAAAUAUAUUAAGGCCUUUCGCUUUAGUGAAUGUGAAGAGAGGUACAGAUGAACUACUGUAAUAAUAACUGUAUUAGGUUGAAUUAUAUGAAAUUUCCUAUAUUUGACUGUUUUGACCUACAAAAUGGCAAUUUCAUAUAGUUCACCCUAAUAUCCAAUGUGGAAAUUAUACUUGGAAUUGUCUUCUAGCUCUUUUGAUUGAAAGUGAAAGAAUUAAAGGGUUGGAAGAGAACGUUAUACAGGUCUCUAUUUAGAUCAUACCAGCUGGUUUUUGGCCUUAUUCUUUGAAUCUAGAGUCGUGUUCCAACGAACCAGUAAUUAAUGCAUAGUUAUAGGUAUACCUGGCUUCAAACAAGAAGUAGCCACGGAAAGCUAUACGAGAAAAUCACAAUUUUCUGAAUCAAAUAUUUGUAAAACAAUUCAGCUAUUUAAAGACUCUUAGGGUGAAUACUCCCUGGGAAAACAAGCAACCCAGACUUACCUGGUCUGCAAACCUUGAUUUAAGCUUAAUAUCCCUUCCUGAAUGUAAUUCAUUUUCACCCCCUAAGGUCAUUUCACUUAAGAUCCAUUGUUUUUGAAAAGUUGAAGUAGCUCGGUUUGGCAGCUCUCAGCACCUGCCUAUCCCCUCUCCUAUACUUCAACUAUAUUGAACUCUAGCUUCAGUCUAGUUCCUACUAAUCCAUGCAAAGUUAUUAACUGAUAAGCCCAAUCUUGUUGUUCAGCACGUUCUUCUAAAUGCCUGACCUGAAUAACUUCUGCUUGGUUAACUUGUGUUCAUUCUCGCCUUAGUCUCAGUGCGAAAGUAACACUUACCUUCUGUGCAAUUGUCCUUUGUACAACUGAAGACUGUUAAUAAAUUCAGGUCUCACCUCCAUGUCUAAAAAGACUGUAGUAGCUAUUCAUGGAGAUGGGAAUUUGUCUAAUUACCUAGCCAGACUUUGCAUAUUUAAGGUAAUAUAUUCAACUACCGUAUAUUUUAUUCAUAGUGCCUGUUUUCCAGCCUUUGAUCAGUUUUGUAGUUCCCGCAGAUAAACUCCAAGAUCUAAAGACCCUCUUUCAGUAACAUAUCCUAAAAUUAAGUUUAGUGCUCAAAAUCCUGGUAACCUACACUGGCCCAUGGUUACAGUAGGUAAUUCACUGUCUCCCAUUAGACAGGCCAAUGCAUCCCUUAGGAGCUGCCCCCCUCUCCUCUCACCUACCAAAGGAUUUUCUCAGGUGUGGUUCCAAGCGAUAAAGUUCUACUGUCUUGGCGUCCUGCUGGUAAUUUGCUUUCAGAUUAGCAAUAACACUGAGCCGAUCUUUAGGGUUAAGAAGAGAACAUUGAACUCAUUUUGUCACACAUACCCACUUGCUUGAAACAGAAAAGGAUGUAAACUUUUGUGGCAUACAUUCACCCAUUUUCCCACCAUAUCUUUAAUAUCCUGUGUUGAUUUUUUUUUUCAGAUUACAAAGACAAUACAUGUUCUUUGUGGAAAAUCUGAAAAAUACUACCAAAUAGAAAAUAAAAAUCACCUGAAUUCCACCACGAGCACAUUGUUUAAAACCACAUUUCUGGGUUUUAAAUCAGUCAGUGGCUGGGCCCAAAGGCACUUUUGGGUAAGAUAAGAAAUGCCCACAAAACCAAGGUGUCACUUAAAAACACAAAACAAAACAAAAACAGCAACAACAACAACAAAAAUUCUGUCCACUAAUGUUUUGCACGCAUCUAGGAGCAGAUUCACUGCAAACCGCUGGUUAUGCCAUUACUCAGGGGUACAAAGAGUGUUUUAGAAGUAGCAUAGUCCUGAUGCCUCCUCUAAUGAAUUAAAGCUCUUGGGGGAAAUUCUAAAAUUGCCAGACCAUUUUGUUUCUCUGCGCUUCUACGAAACCAGCUGGGAUACUGAGUGUUUGGCAAUACUGCCACCUACUGAAAGCUACGCUUCAGAGUGAGGGGAAAUAAAGACAGAGAAUGUAAAAGCAUCUACUUCGUUUUAAACAGCAAACAAAUGGACCAGAUUCACAAUGAUCCCAUCUGGAAUUUAAAACUCUGAAAGUGUCAACAUUGAAAGGAUUAUGGAUAUCAUCCAGCCAAACUUCCCACCUUACCCACACAUACCCAAGCAAUAUCUAUCAUUUCUUUGUCUUAGGAAUGUCACCAAAUACAAAAUGCUCAACUUUCAGGUAACCAUAGGUAGGGUGAGAAAAAGCUGUGAUACUAUUGGCCUCAGGAUAAAUUAUUACAAUUAAAUAUAUAGACCAUAAUAGACUUAAGAAUAUAAAAGAAUUGAGUAUAUUAUAAAAAUGACAUUUCAGAUCAAUCAGAAAAGUUUGGAUUAUUAAUUUAUAUUGGGAUAACUGGUUUUAGCCAUUUCUUGAGAGAAAUAUUAGAUCUAUACCUCAUAAUUUUUAUCAAAAUAAAUUGCAGAUGAAAUAAAAGUUGACAUAUUCAAGCACAUAAAUAAACAUACAACAAGACUAGCAGGCAACAUGAGUGGAUAUUUAUAUAAUUUGAGUGUGAAAGAAGUCUUUCUUUGAGUGACACUAAAGGAAAAAAACAGAAAGAAAGGAUGAAUGGAAUUUGACUUAUUAAAACUGCUAAACUCCUAUAUAGUGAAAAAUAACAAACCAAAUUGAGAAAACAAUAUAUGCAACAAAAAAUAUAGAUCUCAAAUACAUAUUAAAAGCUUAAACAUCACUACUUUGGGGACAUUUCCAUGAUCAACAACUCCCUUCUCAACCAAAUGUUUCCAUUUCAUUCUUUCCUUAUUGAAUGUUUUCAUUAUUGCUUGUUUAAUUGCCUGUUUACCCCUAUUAAAUUGGAAGUAUAAGAAGGCAGCAACCAUGUCUAUUUUGCUUAUUGUUGCAUCCAUAACACAUAACACAGUGCCAGACACAAAGCAAAUGCUGAAAACAUACUUACUGAAUGAGUGAAUAAUGAAUGAAUGAAUGAAUGAAUGAAUGAAUGAAUGAAUGAAUGUUAUUUUCUCAUUCAAGGAGAAUCAAACUUUCCACCAGAAAAUUAGACCAAGAACACAAACUGGCAAUGCACAAUAAACUAAAAUAACCUACUAAUAAUAAAUAUGAAAGUGUUAAACUGUUUUAAUACACUAGUAAUAAAAAAUGCAAGUUAAUAUUAUAUACUCCUUUUUAUAUGUCAGAAAGGCAAAGGGUAUAAA